AGGUGGUACAUAUUAUACCAAUUGUUUGAUUGUUUUUGUUUUGAACUGGGCGUGGGUAGCUAGCGCAGUAGGUAAUCACUUAAUAAGAAGCUCAGUAAUAAAUUAAACUGAAACAAUGUACAAAGAAUCUGCCUGAUAUCACUUUUAUAAUAUUAAUUACUUGAAAUAUUUUUAUUUAAAAUGGGUUGCACGCAAAGUGAGAUUGCUCCUCAAAAUGAAACGCCCAAAAAAGGCUGUACUGAUGUAUUAUGGCUUGUUAUCUAUAUUAUAUUUUGGAUUCUAAUGAUUAUUAUUGCGGCUAUAUCUUUUGUUUACGGAAAUCCUCAGAGAUUAAUAAAUGGAUAUGAUUCAUUCGGCAAUACAUGCGGUGUCAAGAAUAACAAGAAACUUAUAAAUUUCCCAUUAGCUGGUAUCAGUACUGCUGAUAAAAGUUAUUUAUUUUUUAUGGAUAUUAAGGAACUUCGAAGAUCACUUAAAAUAUGCGUUAAACAAUGCCCCAAUAAAAAGUUGGAAUCAUUCAAUGAUCUGCAAAACUUUUACCGGGAGACUGGAUCAAAUCUCUGCAGAUAUGAUAUCCAUUUGAAUAAUGUAACAAGCACCAAAGAUCUGCACAAUUUUAUAGGUCCUUGUCCAACAUUGCCUGUAUAUGAGUCAUUUCCACUUUUAAAUAGAUGUUUUCCUAAAUCUGCUAAAGAUUUAGCUCAGAAAGUUUUCAGUGACUUUUAUGACUUACUAAAUAGUUGGGAUACCAUCGAACAGAUGUUAUCAGACCUGUACUCAUCAUGGAAGGAAAUGAUUAUUUGUGUUAUAAUUGCAUUUAUUUGUUCAUUGAUCAUGGUAUCAAUCCUGCAUUUAUUAGCAUCUCUAGUGUCAUGGAUUUUCAUGAUAAUAGUAUCCAUUGCUAGUAUAGCUGGAACGGCCCUCCUGUGGUACACAUAUCAUGAGUUGAAAACUAAGCAAAGGGAUUUUUCUGAUACAACUAUUUACUUAGCUGAAUCUCUUAAGAAUGAAAAAGCCUUCCUAUGGUAUUCUAUCAUUGCAACCAUAAUAACUGUAAUAUUAUUGUUACUAGUGUGGGUGAUGAGAUCACGUGUCUCUUUCUUGGCAGAUUUGUUCAAGGAGACUGCACACUGUUUGGGUUCCAUACCAGCUCUCUUCCUCCAGCCAAUUAUAACAUUUUUCUUCCUUAUAUUAUUCCUCACCUUUUGGUCACUAGUUGUAGUGUGCUUGGCAACUGCAAAUUAUCCAGGUAUACCAUACAAAACAAACUUCUUUAUUAAUGGAACUCCUUUACCUGACCAUGUUGAUAAUGCAGCAGUUCAAGCACAAAAUAUCGACAAAAAUGCUAAUCUCAAGAGUUAUGUUUUAGACCCAAUCGAGUUUGAUCCAAUGUGGGUGAAGAGCAUGUGGUGGAUGUGUCUCAUAUGCCUGGUCUGGGGCAGUGAAUUCAUUUUGGGAUGUCAGCAGAUGACUAUCGCUGGUGCCGUCUCACAUUGGUACUUCAGAGGUCCAAACGCAAAUCCAUCGCCAGUACUAUAUUCCAUAGGCAAACUUUUGAAAUAUCACCUAGGUUCUGUUGCUAAAGGAUCUUUCUUGAUAACUCUUUUCAAAAUACCACGACUCAUUCUCACCUACCUACACGCUAAGUUGUCUGCAAGAGCCGAAAAGGGUUCAGAUUGUGCGAAAUGCGGUCUCAAGUGUGGAAUUUGCUGUUUCUACUGUCUGGAAAAAUUCAUACGCUAUUUAAAUCACAACGCGUACACUAUCAUAACGAUCGAUAGAUGUCACUUUUGUAAAGCCGCGGGAAAGGCGUUCAGUACAAUUGUGAACAACGCACUUCAAGUGGCGACGAUCAAUAGUGUUGGGGACUUCAUACUUUUCCUUGGGAAGUGCAUUGUGACGGCUCUAACAGGCAUUGUUGGACUUCUCAUGUUGAAGAGAAAUCCAGAUCUACAUUUCUUUGCAGUUCCCACUCUCGUUAUUUGCAUCUUUUCAUUCUUUAUCGCGCAUUGUAUCCUGUCCUUGUAUGAGAUGGUUGUGGAUUCUCUGUUCCUGUGUGUGUGCGAGGAUCGUAACAGUAAUAACGAUGGACGUUGGCAAAGCUCGCGACUGGCUGAACUCGGUUUGAACAAGACUGACACGACAGAUGGCGCUGAAAUGCAGGAUCUCAAAUGAAUGUCAUCAAAGAAUAUGAAUACUAAUGAAAUUUAGGCUUAUCAAUGUUUGCUUGACUUUUAUAACUUUAUUUUUUAUAGUGUUUACACAGUUUUAGUACUUUUUACAUAGUAAAAUAUUUAUUAUAUAUAGAUCUAAGAGAAACUAUGGUUUAUGUGAAUUGAUAUUUACUUUUAAAUAAAUCGGUUUUAUCAUAACACUAUUUUAACGUGUGCUAUUUUAUAGAUUAUAUAUUUACUGUUUGAUAGAGCACUUGACGUUUUGAUAAUCUCAAACAUGAAUUUAAAUGCAACAAUUGUACCUAUCAUGUUAUUGCAUCUUACAUGUCAUUACACAAUCCGGUGUAAACCUGUACGGUAGGAAUUGUGGUGUUAGAUAGUUUUUAACAUUUACAAAGUACAUUUUGGUAUUAAAAAGAAACAAAGAUAUUGCAUAAAGUUUUAAAAUCAAAUCCAUUUUGCACUAAUCAAAUAAAAUUCUCAUAUAUUGCUGUUUCAGUGAAUUGUAUAAUAAAUGUAUUGCUUCAUAUUAGAAAUAAUUUAUUACCUGAAUAACAAUAAGAGGCUUGAUUGUUAAUAUCUUAGGUUCUGAUAUUUUAUCAUUCCGUCCUAUAUUAACACAAAGUUUUAAAUCAGGUUACAAUGUUGUGUUUACUCAAUUUUAUUUAUAAGAGAUAAGUUUGUGAAUGUAUUUGAAUAACUUUCAUUAUUUUGCUCAUGGUUUUUUAAUGAGGUUGAAAAAGUAUUUGACAUUUAUAAGUAUGGUUUUAAGUACAACAUUAUAUUUUUUAUGUGUUGGUGUAAGACAUUUUCUUUGAUGUAGUAUAGCUUUAAGGGUAUAGCUAUUUUCUACCUCUCACUCUUCCAGAUUUGCAUUAUUUAAUGUAUUGCGAAUAUUUUUAAUGUUUAUAUAAAUCUGUUAAUCAUUUUUUAACCAAUAAAAGUUAAAGUGCUUGCCUUAAUAA